UGGAGGAGCCUGGGCGAAUCGAUGUUUUCCGUUCCUCCAUUGGCCAGGCCUUGGGGAAUGUCUUCGAGGUUUUAGCUUGGGACUGCAACACUGUUCGCUGGAGCCUGGACCCGUAACCUAUCGAGAAGAGGGACUAAGAAGAAGAAUGGAUGCAGCUCUGGAAGAGAAAAGCAGAAAGAGGAAACAGCCACAAAAUGAACUUUUCAGAGGGUCUGGGGAAGGUACAGUCACUAGAAAUCCAGAUAAUGAAGAGAGUCACCCUAAGUGGAAGAAAGCUCGCUUAUCUACCAAAUUAUUUGUUAACAACUGCGAAAUAAGCCAUGAUAAGCUACGUGAACUGCUGAAGUCUGCAGCAUUGGGAAAACAGCAUGAAUCCACUGAACAAGAGGUUUCUAAUUUGGGCUGGUGCCAUCUUUCACACCCAAAGCAUCUGAACAGUGUGGUGGUUAUUGUUCUUCAGGGAGUAAGUCAACUGCAUUUUUACAAGUUCUAUUUGCAGUUCAAACACCUCCGAAAGGCAUUCAAACAUAGAUUCCGUUUGCCAGCUCCAUCAGCCAAUUUUCUAGCAGAUAUUAUUGGAGAACAACCUAAUGGAAAUAAAGAAGAAAGAAUCCUGUCUACAUCCAGCACCAUGCAAGUGUCAUCAUCUUCUCUUGCUAACCCACAAGCCAUCAUCGACCUGCAAAAUGAUCCCAUCAUUCAGAAAUACGGACAUGAAAAAGUAGGUUUGGUCAGAUGCCUAUUGACCAAAGAAGAGAUGAAAAAAUUUGACUUUCCACUCCAAGGUUUGGCUAAUUGUAAAAAUUUUGUUUCCACUGAAUGUGUUGGUCCAGUAAGCGACAGCAGUCCUCUUUUUGGACUAGACUGUGAAAUGUGCCUUACACCAAAUGGAAAUGAACUCACACGAGUUUCAUUAGUUGAUGCAAAAGGCCAUUGUGUCAUGGAUGAGCUUGUCAAACCUGACAACAAGAUUCUGAACUAUCUCACCAGGUUCUCAGGCAUCACAAGGAAGAUUCUUAAACCUGUGACCACAAAACUUAGAGAUGUCCAGGCCAAGUUAAAGAAGCUACUCCCUCCAGAUGCGGUAUUAGUGGGCCAUUCCCUAAAUGCAGACCUUCAAGCCUUACAAAUGAUACAUCCCAAUGUUAUUGACACUUCAUUGCUUUUUGUGAGAGAUUUGGGACGAAGAUUUAAGCUUAAGUUCUUAGCCAAAGCUGUUUUAGGAAAGGAAAUACAGUGCCCUGACAGGGUUGGCCAUGAUUCCACAGAAGAUGCUAUGGCAACCCUUGAAUUGGCUCAGUAUUUUAUUAAACAUGGCCCAAGGAAGAUUGCAGAAAUGAAGCUGGAUACAGCAGUAAACUCCCAACAAUUUCUGGCAAGUCCAAAACAGAAAAACACAUCGCCCUUGUGCCCCAGUGGACCCCAUAAAGAAGCAAGACCCUCAACAGAUGCAACAUGGCAGAAGAAUGCAGGUAUCUUAGAGUGUUUGGACUUGGCUGGUCGGAAACUCCUCUUCCUGUCCCAGAAAGCAGGUGGCAGCACAUUUAUGUCUUCCAGAUUCUGCCAGAGUAUUCUAUGUGCUUCUGAUGAGGAGGUUCUAGAGCAAGCCCAAGCAGAAGUCCCUCUAUCCUCCUUCAGCGUCAUCCAAUUCUCACAGUGGCCACAUCCUCUCCCACCCAGCCUCACUGUUGAGAUGCAUAAAAAGAUGAAAGUCAAGUGGGCAGAAAUGUCAACUGUCUAUGCAGGGCCAUUUGGGGAAAAUUUCUGCCUUAAGCCUCUGAAGAAGUUGUUUGCAAGCUUUGGUCCUAUCCAUUCAUUGGAAAUUGUUCUUGAAACUGUUGAGCCCUACCUUUGCAUCCAGUAUGGAAUACUAGAAGCUGCCCAGCUGGCCAUAGAGACUUUGAAUGGUGCAUGUGUCCAGGGGGCCCGGAUCAAGGUGCAGAGACCAGUGCAAGAGCUCACUCUGGACUGUGACACCAUAGUGAGCACCCUGGAGACAGACCCAGAGAAUGAAAGUACUAUUUAUGUGAAUGGCAUGAAGGAGAAUUAUACUGAAGAGGACAUGACUCAAAAGUUUAGUCUCUUGCCUGGUCUGGAAGCUGUCUUCUUGCCUGUGGAUCCCCAAAGCAAAAAACACAAAAAGUAUUGUUUCCUAAAAUUUAGAAGCUCUGAAUGUACCCAGAGUUCCCUGAAAAUUCUUCAGGGUCCAACUGGUCUCAGCUGGAAGUUGGUAUGCAGAAGAGCCUUGACCCCCACCCACCUCCAUGAGUGGAUCUGUCACUCCUGCCCUGACACUGUCCCACUAGUCUCAACGGAAAAGUCUCCUUUAGUAAAUAAGGGAGAAGAACUGAAGAUAGCCAUGAGUCGGUUAGAUGAAAGGGUCAAGAAGCUCCACAGGAGGCUGCCACCCAGUACUCUCUGCAUUGUUCUUCUGCCAGGAACAAAGAGUGUUCAUGGAUCAUCAACUGGCCUGGGGCUAAUAUCAAUAAAUGAUGAUGAUAUUAAAAGUGCCACCUCAGAGGUACUUUAGUGGGUUGCCAGCCAGGAUGACAACUCCUUUCCUGCUAACAUUUCCCAUCUUGCUGCACCACCUUAGCAACAUGGGAAUAGAAGAAACUUGCAUCUGUCCACCUUCAAUUGCCAGUUGCAUACACAUGGAUGGUACAAGCUGGGCGCUGGGUAAAAAGCAGGCAGAUCCUUUUAUCAGUCAUUUCUCAAUUUGUGAGAAAUAUAUUUUAUGGGAUGGUAGCCAUAAAGCCGAUUCUGUUAGGAAAUUGGAUAUGUAUCCCAAAGGGGAAAAAAAUCCAAAAGACUUGAUGCAUAAACCUUUUGCAAAAGGAGGUAUUAAAUGGUGGCCAGGUCCAAGGCACCCAUGGCCCAUUGUGCUAUAGGAAUACUUUUGCAAUUCCCUCGUAACUCAGCACAACCUCAGUCCCAUUUUUAGGUGGGUAAAAAUCUCCAGACAUGGGGGGAAAAUCUUUUAAGUCUCCCUUUUUUUGUCUAUUUACAGUCUCUAAUAGAACUCUGGGCUACAAUAUUCCACUUCACUAACAGGUAUCUUCGCCUAACACACUCAGAUGUUUUUAACCUGGGAUCCACAGAUCUCAAAAGGAUCGAUGAACUUGGAUGGGAAAAAAAAAUUACAUUUUUAUUUUCACUAACCUUUGGCUUCCUUUGUAAUCUUUUGUAUUAUAUUUUAUUCAUUUAAAAACUUUCUGAGAAGGGAUCUUUGGUUUUAACCAGAACGUCAAAAAGGUAAAUGACAAAGUUAAGAUUUCUGAUCUAACACUUGAUAAUCUUCAUCCUGAAAUUUUCUUAGGUUUACAUCAAAUUAAUAAAAAUUAAAAAUCA